AUGGUGUCCUCCCAAACAAGUUGGCUACCGGGUACCGAUGUUCCAGAGAGAUGGAAAGCUUUUGAGUUCAGAUUCAGUCGAUUCCGUGAGAAGACGUUCAUGUGUGACGUUUGUGGUGCGGCAUUCACGCUGAAGCAGAACGUCCAGUCUCAUCUGUUCAUAUACCACGUGAAAGACGAUGGCAGCAUGAAGCAGCACACUCGACUCAUAUACAAGUGCGACUGUUGCGAAAAGGUAUUCUCCUUGAAUCUUUCCUUCUCUCUACCAUGUAAUGAUAUAAAAAGGAAUUCACUCAAAACAAUAAGGUGCUACGCUCUUGACUAG